AUGGGUCCACGCGGACCAAGGGGGCUGCCAGGAGAGGCUGGGAGCAAUGGCAUGCAGGGCCUUGUCGGAGGGCCUGGACCUCAGGGGAAACCAGGGAGGGAGGGCCCCCGGGGGCAGAAGGGGGACACAGGAGAGCCCGGGGAAGCUGGUGUGAUUGGGGACCCUGGAGGUAGUGGAGCCACGGGCACCCCCGGAAAAGCUGGAAAGACUGGUCCAUCAGGUGAUCCAGGGCUGAAAGCAUCAAAAGGGGAGAAAGGAGAUCCAGGAUUCAAGGGAGACCCAGGCCCUCCAGGGCCACGGGGCAGGAAGGGGUUCAAAGGAAGGACCGGCCCUUCAGGCUUUCCUGGAGUUAUGGGAGUGAAUGGUGCCCCAGGCCUCCCAGGGAUACCGGGUUAUGAAGGCGCAAUGGGAGAACCUGGCAAACUGGGUAGAGAUGGUCCCAAGGGCUUUAGAGGUCCUACUGGGGUGAAAGGAUUGCCUGGACCUCGGGGAGAGAAGGGAUACAGGACCUUCCCUCCAGGAUAA